UUAUAUCGCUCUAGAUUCACGCCAUACGCCUCUCUUUCACAAUUCUCUCUCAUGUCGGUGUAGAGAUCUUGCAGCUUCUGCACUCUAAACCACACACUGCACCUUCCUUCAACAUUAAAUAAAAACACACAAACAAGAAAACGAAGCUACAACAGCAUCGACUUCGUCUAGGGUUUCAAAAAUUGAAUCUCUACGCCAAAAACAGAAAAGGAAAUGCAAGAAUUAUUGUUACUGAAUUUUCAAAACGUUGUGGUUGUUGCUUUAUGAUAGAUUCAGCGAUUGGUUUAUUGAAGGAGUGUAUGAGGGAAUUGAAGGAUUUAAGGUGGGAUUUUAGUCUGGUGAUAAGGAGCAGGGGUAGAUGGGGAAAAUGCGGUUGAUUCUUUCUUCUUGUUCUUGUUGAUGAUCAUUCCUGUUCUUCUUCUUCUUCUUCUUUCUUAUUGAUCUCAACUUGGGCAAAACCUUGUCGUUCUUUUGUUUUGUUUAGUUUUGUUUUUAAGUUUUUAUCAGUGAACAAAAUGCAGCAGCAAGAUCACCGCAAGAAGAAUUCAACAGAGAUGGACUUUUUCUCUGAGUAUGGUGAUGCCAAUAGGUAUAAAAUUCAGGAAGUUAUUGGCAAAGGCAGCUAUGGCGUUGUUUGUUCAGCAAUUGACACUCACACUGGUGAAAAAGUAGCAAUAAAGAAAAUACAUGAUAUUUUUGAACACAUUUCAGAUGCUGCUCGUAUUCUUCGUGAGAUAAAGCUGCUUAGAUUAUUAAGACACCCUGAUAUUGUAGAAAUUAAACAUAUUAUGCUUCCGCCAUCAAGAAGGGAGUUUAAAGAUAUUUAUGUUGUUUUUGAGCUAAUGGAGUCAGAUCUACAUCAAGUCAUAAAAGCCAAUGAUGACUUGACCCGGGAGCACUAUCAGUUUUUUCUUUACCAGCUUCUUCGUGCAUUAAAGUAUAUCCAUACAGCAAAUGUCUAUCAUCGAGAUUUAAAACCUAAGAAUAUACUGGCAAAUGCAAAUUGUAAACUUAAAAUCUGUGAUUUUGGACUAGCAAGAGUUGCUUUCAAUGAUACCCCAGCUACAAUAUUUUGGACGGACUAUGUUGCUACAAGAUGGUAUAGAGCUCCUGAACUAUGUGGAUCAUUUUACUCGAAGUACACUCCAGCAAUUGAUAUAUGGAGCAUAGGCUGCAUCUUUGCUGAAGUACUAACCGGGAAACCACUUUUUCCUGGAAAAAAUGUUGUUCACCAGCUGGAUUUGAUGACAGAUCUGCUUGGUACUCCAUCAUUAGAUACAAUAUCCAGAGUUCGAAAUGAAAAGGCUAGGAGAUACUUAACUAGCAUGAGGAAAAAACAGCCUGUGCCAUUUGCUCAGAAAUUUCCAAAUGCUGAUCCUUUGGCAUUGCGACUGUUGGAAAGGCUACUUGCUUUUGACCCAAAAGACCGGCCAACUGCUGAAGAGGCAUUAGCAGAUCCUUACUUUAAAGGGUUGUCAAAAGUUGAGAGGGAGCCUUCUUGCCAGCCAAUAACAAAGAUGGAGUUUGAAUUUGAGAGGCGGAGGGUUACAAAAGAGGAUAUACGAGAGCUAAUUUUUCGAGAGAUACUGGAAUACCAUCCCCAGUUGCUCAAGGACUACGUAAAUGGAACUGAGAGGACUCACUUUCUUUAUCCAAGUGUUGUUGAUCAAUUUAGAAGGCAGUUUGCACAUCUUGAAGAAAAUUGUGGUAAAAGUGGGCCUGUAGUUCCAUUAGAAAGAAAGCACGUAUCCCUUCCCAGGUCUACAAUUGUUCAUUCAAAUAUAGUUCCUCCUAGAGAACAGAACGUUUCUUCCUUGGGGGACCGACAGUCUGCGGAAGAAACAUACAACAAAAGCUCCCGAGAUUCUGAGGGAAUUCAUGUAAAUAUAUUGGCACUGCAGGCAACACAAAGAAUUCCUCUGGAUAAAUCAGGAAAAGUUGCAGGGCCAGUUGUUCCUUACGACAAUGGAAAUAUAACAAAAGAUGUGAAUGACCCUAGAACUUUUGUCAGAGGCACAGCCCUUCCUCCACAGGCUGUCCUUCCUGCAUAUAGUUACCAAAAAUCUAGUACAGGAAGUCAAGAAAGAUCUGCACUGGAAUCUCAGAGGCAACUGUCUUCACAGAAGCAAACACAGCAAUGUGGCAUGAGCGAGAAAGUGGGUGCUAAAUUUGCACCAGAUAUAGCUAUCAACAUCGACUCCAACCCCUUUUUCAUGACGCGCGCAGGAAUGAACAAGGUAGAACAUGUUGAUGACAGAAUUACAAUAAACGCAAGUUUGUUGCAGGCCAAGGCUCAGUAUGGCGGUAUUGGUGGUGGUGGUGCUGCUGCAUCUGCUACUGCUGCAGCUACGCAUAGAAAAAUUGGGACAGUUCAAUGUGGCAUGACAAAGUUUUACUGAAUGACCGAGAAGAGGAGCCACUACUAAUGGAGGGAUCCUUAUAGACAAAAGCUGUUUUCUAGGAAACAGCUGAAGAUGAGAGGAAGUUUGUCUGAUGCUUUCUUGUAAGAGCCGGCCUGUUAGGUUCAUUUAGGCACUCGGUUUGGUCAUGAAAACUAUAUACUGUAGAAAUCGUCCAAAUAUAUAUAGUUAAAUUACAGAUAAGAAUUAUUAAAAAGAAAGAAGGAUAAAAGGAAAGAAAGAAAAAAAAGCCUUGCCUCUUUUUCAGGCAGUACAUGUGCUUAGAUACUCCUUAUCUGGGUUACACUGUUACAGACAUAUUAUGAAAUGAUCUUAUAUGUAUAUUACAAAUUGGGUAAACUUAUUUUCCACAAA